UCGAGAAAAGUACCAUCUUUAUCGUACGCACGAAGAGUUAAUUUACGUGUAGCAGUUUUUUUAUUAAUUAAUAACUGAGUAUUGAAAUAGACACACACGGGUCUGCCCAAGUCAUAAAGAACUGACCCACAACAUCGAGCUACAUACAUACAUCAUGAGCACAGCAACCGACCAACAGCCUCCGCGCUCUGACAAUGCAGAUAACAGCUCCGAGAGCUCCUCACAACAACAACAGCAGCAGCAACAGGAUGCCCCGCCGCAGCAGUCAUCACAAACACAAAAUGGAGCGGCCAAGCUUUUGCAGCAUUUCCAAACGAACCGCAUUGACUCGGGACUGUGGGCCCUGCGCCUGGUGGCCAUCUUCUUUACCAUCAGUUAUGUACUGCCCAUCUUUACUGCACAACAGAGUUCGUUUAGCAAGGUUUUGCUGGCCAAUGCGGCUAUCUCAGCGCUACGCUUGCACCAGCGAGUACCAGCCUUCUCGUUUAGUCGCGAAUUUCUUGCCCGAUUGUUUGCCGAAGACUCGUGUCAUUACAUGAUGUACUCGCUGAUCUUCUUCAACAUCAGGCCUUCACUGCUGGUGCUCAUACCAGUGCUGCUCUACUCAGUGCUGCAUGCCUCCAGCUACUCGCUCAAGCUUCUUGAUCUGAUUGGCCAGAAUUCGUGGUGGGGAGCCCGUUUCAUCAUUUCGAUUGUGGAGUUCCAGGCGGCAAAUAUCCUGAAGGCCACUGCAUUCUGCGAAAUCUUCAUUAUGCCUUAUGCCAUUGUGCUGACAUUUAUGAGUCACGCUGGCUUAAUGACACCAAUUAUCUACUAUCAUUACCUGGUGAUGCGCUAUAGCUCGCGACGCAAUCCCUAUCCGCGCACCGCCUUCUCCGAGCUGCGCAUCGCCUUUGAGGCGCUGGCCGCCCGCUCGCCGCCACCUGUGGGCAAGAUAAUUCGUGGAGGAAUUGGAUUUAUUAAUCGCCUGGCGCCGCAGCCACAGCCGGCACCAGCGCAGCAGUAAUAGAAGGAUUGAGACCAACAACACCAACCAACCAACCAACAACAACAAUCAACAAUGUCAUCAGAAUAACUUGAUUGGUUAUCCUUUUUAUUUGUUUAGUCCCUUGCCGUAUCAAGCAAAGGCAGUUUUCAGUUAGUUUUUCCCAUAAAAAAAUGUUUUGGCAUUUUAGUUUAAAUUAUAACUAUUGUAAUUACUGUAAUUCCUGAGUAUCAUUAUUCCUUUUUUGGAUCAUACAUACACACAUACACAUUAUAUGUUUGCCGCACACCAAGUGUGUUUUGAAGGAUCAAAGCGUCGCGUAUUAUUAUCAUUAAUCUCAGACAAAAUUAUUUAAUUAAACUGAUUACACAUAUGACCGAAGGAGGUGAUAAUAGUAA